GUGCCGUCGCGGACGAGACAAGAGGCCCCGCGUCUCGCUUAACUUAAAAUAGAAUAAAAUUUAGUGCUACCGAUAAUAACAUGGCAGUUCCAGCUAAUAUUCAGGGAGAGGUUCUCUCUUUGAUACAUCAGUUUAUGCUGGGUGUGGAUAAAUCGCUGGCCUCAGAAAUAUUGAAGAAAACUAAAGCGAAACCGCGUGCUAAAAACCUACCAACGCUUCUGGAUAUAUUCACGGAAUAUAAGAAAAAGGCGCCACCCGCUAAAAAAGCAGCAGAAAGCUCUGAUGACUCAAGUGAUGAUGAAGCACAAAAGAAACCAGCAGCUAAGCCAGUAUUGAAUGGCAAAGCAUCCGCUCAAAAGAAGGAGUCCUCAGAGUCAGACAGCUCGGAGGAGGAGCAGAAACCGGCACAGAAACCUAAGGCAGCAGCCACCCCAGCCAAACCUGCAGCCAAGCCUGCGGCUAAGAAAGCAGAGUCAUCAGAUGACAGCGACAGUAGUGAUGAUGCCACAGCACAACCCAAGAAGCAACCAGUCAAGCCACAAGUCAACAAUGUACCUAAACCAGCUGCCAAAAAACAGGAAUCAUCAUCCGAUGACUCAAGUGAUGAAGAUGAGAAGCCUGCACCAAAGGCAGCUCCGGCAAAACCUGCACCCAAACCCACCCCGGCCAAGAAACAAGAGUCUUCUUCUGAUGACAGUGACAGUGAGGAUGAAAAACCCAAGCAGGCUGCCAAGACUCCUGUAAAAACACCUGCCAAGGCUCCAGCAGCCAAAAAACCAGCAUCUUCAUCUGAUGAUUCUAGCGAAGAUGAAAAGCCUAAACAAGCAGCAAAAACACCUGUGAAAACCCCGGCUAAGCCUACUCCAGCUAAAAAGGCAAAGUCCUCUUCUGAUGAUGAUAGCAGUGAGGAUGAAAAGCCCAAGCAAGCCGCUAAAGCUCCAGUAAAGACUCCAGCCAAGCCUACACCAGCCAAAAAAGCGGAGUCUUCAUCCGAUGAUAGUAGUGAAGAUGAAAAACCUAAAGCGGCUGCUAAACCAGUGAAACCUGCACCAACCAAGAAGGAAUCUUCAUCCGACAGCGACAGUAGCGAAGAUGAGAAACCAAAGCAAGCUGCAAAGACCCCAGUUAAGACACCGGUGAAACCCGCUGCCAAAAAACCGGAAUCUUCAUCAGAAGAUGAUAGCAGUGAAGACGAAAAACCUAAAGCCAUUCAGAAACCUAAGGCGACCCCAGCUAAGCCUGCAGCUAAAGCCGCUAAAAAAGAAUCUUCAUCAGAAGAUGACAGCAGUGAAGAUGAAAAGCCAGCUAAGAAGGCUCCAGCUAAACCCGCUGCCCCAGCUAAGAAGGACUCAUCUGAUUCCGACAGUGACUCAAGUGAAGACGAGAAACCUGCAGCGAAGGCCCCGGCUAAGAAACAGGAAUCGUCUUCUGAUGACUCUGAGGAGGAUGAACCGCCUAAGAAGAAGUCAUUCAGUCAGGAUGAAAGCAUGGACACAUCUCAACAGGGCAACCGUAAGAGAAAAGCAUCGGGCAGUGAGGCUACUCCAGCUAAGAAGCCUUACAACAAUUUCGUAAAGGAGGGUGAGAAUGAAGAAGACAAUGAAGACGGAGGCUUUAAGUCCGGAUUUGGGGGCAGAGGAGGGUUCCGCGGCCGAGGGGGAGACAGGGGAGGCUUCAGAGGUCGCGGGGGCUUCGAUAGGGGAGGCCGGGGAGGGUUCGACCGCGGCGGGCGCGGGGGCUUCGGCGACAGGGGCGGGUUCAGGGGCCGCGGGGGAGACCGGGGAGGGUUCAGGGGCCGCGGGGGAGACCGGGGAGGGUUCCGGGGCCGCGGGGGAGACCGGGGAGGGUUCGGGGACCGGGGAGGGUUCAGGGGCCGCGGCGGCGACCGAGGGGGCCGGGGAGGGGACCGCAACUCGUGGGGCGGAAACCGGGGCGGUGGCUUCAACAAAAGCUUCAAUGACAGAAAGAGUUUUGACAGCGGAGACAACCAGAACAAGAAGAUUACGUUCGAUUAAAUAGAGCGGCGCCCGCGGCUCUUGGGGCGAGCGAGCGAACCAGGACCUGAAGCACACGCGCGGAAAGUCCUUCAAGCACGAGAAAACCAAGAAGAAACGCGGCUCCUAC